AUGUUCGGUUUCUCAAUCUUCACAAUCAGCACCGCCGUCGCAAAAGACCUUCAGACAAUUUUGAUCUGCCGCUUUUUCGGCGGCUUCUUCGGAGCGUGUCCGCUGGCUGUAGUCGCGGCCGUUUUCUCCGACAUGUUCGACAACCGCACCCGUGGAACCGCCAUCACCGUCUUCUCCAUGGCCGUCUUCACCGGUCCACUGCUCGCCCCCUUCAUCGGCGGCUACAUCGUUGAGUCGCACCUCGGCUGGCGCUGGACCAUGUACAUCCCGUCUUUCAUGGGCUUUCUCGCCUUCUUCCUCGACCUCACCUUCCUCGAAGAGACGUACCCUCCCGUCAUCUUGAUCUCCAAGGCAUCCGAGCUGCGCCGCCGAACGGGCAACUUCGCCAUCCACGCCAAGCUGGAGGAGGUCGAGAUCGACUUCAAGGAGCUGGUGAACAAGAACUUCUCGCGCCCCAUGCGCCUCCUCUUCGGCGAGCCCAUCGUCACCGCGCUAUCCGUCUACAUGGCCUUCAUCUACGGCCUCCUCUACCUCUUCCUCACCGCCUACCCCUUCGUCUUCCGCGGCGUCCACGGCUUCAACGCCGGCCAGUCCGGCCUCGCCUUCUUCGGCAUGAUCACCGGCCAGCUCAUCGCCGGCGUCACCGUCCUCCUCCAGCAGCCCUGGUACCUCCGCAAGCUCAAGGCCAACAACGGUGUCCCCAUCCCCGAGUGGCGCCUGCCCAGCGUCAUCGCCGGCGGCAUCUUCUUCGCCGCGGGCAUCUUCUGGUUCGGCUGGUCCGGCUACCGCCGGGACAUCCACUGGAUCGUCCCCGCCCUCAGCGGCCUCUUCACCGGCUUCGGCCUCAUGUCCAUCUUCCUCCAGGCCCUCAACUACCUCGUCGACGCCUACCUCAUGUUCGCCGCCUCCGCCAUCGCCGGCAACACCUUCCUCCGCUCCCUCUGCGGCGCCGGCUUCCCCCUCUUCGCCAGCUACAUGUUCAACGGCAUGGGCAUCCAGUACGCCUCGACGCUCCUCGGCGCCGUCGCCGCCGUGCUCGCGCCCAUCCCCGUCAUCUUCUACGUCUGGGGCCACAAGAUCCGCGCCAAGAGCGCCUACGCCCCGACCUUUGCCGCGCCCGCCGACGAGCCGGAGGAGGAGGAGGAGGGGUCCUCCGAGGAGUUCGCCAACGGACACUCGAACGAGAAGCCGCCCUCCGUCGCCGCGCUCGACGCGAGCAUCCCGAGGACGAGCGGCAACAAGGCCGAGAACGCCGUCUAA